AGGUGCAGGCUGAGGCGCUCGCGGCGGCGACAGCUUGAGCGGGCCUGGUUCCGGCUGCGGAAAGUGUCCCGGGCCGGCUAUGUGAGCGCCGAGCCCUUGGCAGCACUGAACAAGAUUUGUGAUGAAAUGGAGCCUGGAACAAACUCUUUUCGAGUAGAAUUUCCUGAUUUUUCCAGCACCAUUCUGCAGAAACUGAACCAGCAGCGCCAGCAAGGACAAUUAUGUGAUGUCUCCAUUGUUGUGCAAGGCCACAUUUUCCGGGCACACAAAGCUGUUCUUGCUGCCAGCUCGCCCUACUUUUGUGACCAGGUGCUUCUGAAAAACAGCAGGAGGAUUGUUUUGCCUGAUGUGAUGAACCCAAGAGUGUUUGAGAACAUUCUCCUGUCUAGUUAUACGGGACGUCUAGUAAUGCCCGCUCCAGAAAUUGUUAGUUACUUAACAGCAGCAAGCUUCCUCCAGAUGUGGCAUGUGGUAGACAAAUGCACUGAGGUUUUAGAGGGAAACCCUACAGUCCUUUGUCAAAAGCUAAAUCAUAGCAGUGAUCACCAGUCUCCAAGCAGCAGUAGUUAUAAUGGCCUGGUAGAGAGCUUCGAGCUGGGCUCUGGGAGCCAUACUGACUUCCCCAAAUCCCAAGAACUGAGGGAUGGAGAGAACGAAGAGGAGAGCACCAAAGACGAGCUGUCAUCUCAGCUCACUGAGCACGAAUACCUUCCCAGCAACUCGUCCACAGAGCAUGACCGGCUGAGCACUGAAAUGGCAAGCCAGGACGGGGAGGAGGCGGCCAGCGACAGUGCCGAGUUCCACUACACCCGGCCUCUGUACAGCAAGCCCAGCAUAAUGGCACACAAGCGCUGGAUCCACGUGAAGCCCGAGCGCUUUGAGCAGGCAUGCGAGGGCAUGGACGUGCACGCACCCUACGAUGAACACCAGGUCACCGAGUCCAUCAACAACAUGCAGUCGGAGCACUCGGUCCAGCCGUCGGGAGUAGAGGAAGACUUUCACAUCGUGGAGAAAAAAGUGGAAGCAGAAUUUGACGAACAGGCUGAUGAAAGCAAUUAUGAUGAGCAGGUGGAUUUCUAUGGCUCUUCCAUGGAAGAGUUUUCUGGAGAGAGGUCAGAGGGCAAUCUCAUUGGGCACAGACAGGAGGCUGCCCUACCAGCAGGCUACAGUGAGAAUAUUGAAAUGGUAACAGGGAUUAAAGAAGAAGCUUCCCACUUGGGAUUCUCAGCCACUGACAAGCUGUAUCCUUGUCAGUGUGGGAAAAGUUUCACUCACAAGAGCCAGAGAGAUCGACACAUGAGUAUGCAUCUCGGGCUCCGGCCUUAUGGCUGUGGGGUCUGUGGUAAGAAAUUCAAAAUGAAGCAUCACCUCGUGGGCCACAUGAAAAUUCACACAGGCAUAAAGCCAUAUGAGUGUAAUAUCUGUGCAAAGAGAUUUAUGUGGAGGGACAGUUUCCACAGGCACGUGACUUCUUGUACCAAGUCUUAUGAAGCUGCAAAGGCUGAGCAGAAUACAACUGAGGCUAACUAAAAAUAGUAUCUGGCCCUUGAGUGGCAGGCACCAAAAUAAAAGAUGGUAAUUAUGCAAAUCUGGGCACAGAUGAUGUGUGCUACUUGCUAUUAUGAGAGAAGCUUAAAAAAAUGGAAGAUAUUUCUGAAAGACCAGUUCUAAGUAGGCCAAUUAAAAAAAUCCAAUUCCUCAGAUUUGUGUGUUCUAGUCCAGGUCUGGAGUAGGUAACGGGGGUAAAUUAACCCACCUUCCAGCUGGCCGGGUACACCUUUAGGCUUGUGAUUGGGGCAGGUGGACUUGGCGAUGGAGAGACCUGCACUUGGAACUGGACGCUAGCCCACCAGUUCCAUUUCAGGUGGUAGCUGUUUUUGAUCACUCAUUACAAGGUCAUGGAAGCUUAUUUUGCUCUUACUAUAGAUACUUAGGUAAUGUGGAUUUGUUUUGGUAGCUGCUUUACUGAACGAAAUGCUACUUACGUAAAAGCUACAAACAAUGUGAUUCUUAGGAUGCAAAAUUAACAGCUUUCGUCUGGUUUUAUUCUUUAUAAAAGGGUAUUUUAACUAAAACUAAGGAGAUAGGAAGAGGGUGACAGUUGAAGUAUAAAACAGCUUAUGGUACAAGCUUUGAUUUCUGUAAGAUGCCACUGUCACAGUGUGUUUCAGACUCUUGAUAAGGCAGAAUUUUGUAUUUAGUACUAGCAUUUAGUUUGAACAGUUGUAUCUAAUUCUAAUUCUCUAGUGUGCCAGAGAUAGGUAUUUCUAAUUGGCUUGCUGUCCCAAAUCCGUUACGUUUUAACUGUAGCAUCCACACAGUGGGACUUGCUCUACGGCUAGUAGACGUCGAGCCUGCUGUGACUGACCACGGUACCACUGGCUGCGGUAGCCUCCUGCUCUAUCUUAGAUUAUGGUUCUUCCCCAAGAGGUCAGUCAGUGACCAGUUAGGGGAAGGAGCCAAAAGUCACAGCUGAGAAUUACCUGUAAACUUCAUAAGUAAAUAGAGUGCCGCAAUGACACUCCCCCCAACUGUCUGAGUGAGAGUUGCCAAAUAGCAGAAUUGUGAGUGGCAGGUCACAGUGGAGGGGGGGAAACUGCACAAGAAAAGAGGAGUCUUGGAAAUGCAUCGGUAGGGGAGAUAUUUAUUCCUUAGAGGGUCACACUGAGCUAAGGCUGCCAGGUCUUUUAGGAGUGCUGGGAUGUGUUUUAAAAGGGGGGAACGGAGUCCUAAUUUUAGAAAGUAGUCUACGGAUUCAUGCUCCCAAAUUAUAGAUAAAGCCGCAUAAAUUUACAAGUCCACAUAGCUAGCUAUACCUACCAAAAACAACACGAUGAGCAGCUAUUCUGAGACCUUUUCUCCAAUCAGAUGUUUCAGGGUGAAAAGCAAGCCUAGUUCAGGAUGCUUUUAAGCUAUGUAAUAUACCUGAAAUUAUCACCAGGGUAGGACAGGGUGCUACUCUAUGUCAACUUUUCCAUAAACUUACUGGUCUAUUCCUUCCAAGUGGAAACCUUUUUUUCCUGAAAAUAAAAAUAACUUUUCUUGGA